GUUAGAAGGAAAUGAGAGCAAACUUAAGCACUGCUUCUGAGACUCUUUCUCCUCUUGGUUUCCUCCUGCCAGAAGUCUUCCCGCAACAGAUGGAAGGAGUCAAACUCAUUGUAAACAAAUCCUUCAGUAGCCAUUUUCAGGUGACCCACACUAUCCAUAUGAGCACAAUUGGCCAGUCGAGUUACCACUUCAGUGCAACGUAUGUCGGGGACCAGCAGCUAGGCCCAACGGAGACCUUUCCAACACUCGUCGGGGAUAUUAACAACACUGGGAGCCUCAAUGCUCAAGUGCUCUACCUUCUCGCAGAGCAGAUCCGAACCAAGGCUGUGUUCCAGACUCAGCAGUCCAAAUUUGUGACGUGGCAGUUUGAUACGGAAUACCGCGGAGACGACUACACGGCCACCUUGACGCUGGGAAACCCCAACUUGAUCAGCGAGUCAAUUAUUGUAGUUGCGCACUUCCUGCAGAGCGUCACAUCACGGCUGGUCCUGGGAGGCGAAAUGGUCUACCACCGGCGACUGGGAGAAGAGGGAGCCAUUGUCACCUUGGCUGGGAAAUACACAGCUCUCAAAUGGAUAGCCACCCUUAACCUUGGCUACGGUGGGGCCCACGCCAGCUACUACCAUCGGGCCAAUGACCAGAUCCAGGUUGGGGUGGAAUUUGAGGCAAACACUCGACUGCAGGACACGAGUUUUGCCUUUGGUUAUCAGCUCACACUGCCCAAGACCAACAUGGUUUUCAGAGGCUUCCUGGACAGUAGCUGGUGUGUGGGGGCCAUCCUGGAGAAGAAGCUGCCCCCGCUGCCCGUCACUUUGGCCUUGGGUGCCUUCCUCAACCACUGGAAACACCGGUUCCAUUGCGGUUUCAGCAUCAUCGUGGGCUGAUGAGCGCUUUGGGAGCUUGCCUCGUCCAGGAGGGAGACCUUGGGAUUAAAUGUCGGUGGCACUUCUGGGUGGAAGGGGCCCGGCUGCAUGUGUGUACAUGUGUGCGGGCGCAUUGGGGCCGUGCGCCCCCAAAGUGUUCAGCAGCCGAGCGGUGGCGAUUUGAGGCCCGCUGUACCUUGUGUCUGAGAGUGUUUCCUUGCUGCAUCCUUGCCUUAAGGAGGCUCAGCAAUCCCCUCCCUUUAUUUUUCUUGGUAUUGACGUCGGAGGAUACCCGUUGCCCCCCAAACAUGUCUGUGGAUCAUGUCUCAGGCAUUCACUCCACAUCAGGGAUUGUGAAGCAGGUUGUAAUGGCCCCCGUCACAGAGGAAUGGAUGCCUUUGUUUCCUAGGGAGCCGCUGACCGCAGUAUUUCUGCAUGGGUUUGGGAAUCACUGUUGUUAUUGCCCCGGUUCUGUAUCAGAUUUGAAAUUCAGAGCCAUGGUGAAUGGGGAGCACUGGGACACAUGGCUUUCCAACAAUGACGAUGAAGGCAAGGGCUGCGGCAACUUGGAAUUCCAUUAAAAUCAUGCAGCGGAGGGAUCAUUGCCUCCUCGAAAAGAAAAAUGUCUCAUUUGUCAUCAUUGGGAAUUCUCUUUCUUGGCAUGUAAUUGGCUGCUGCGUAAAAGAUAAAGGUAAAGGUGACAUUCA